GACACUGUCACCACUGUCUUCUUCUCCUGAAUUACCUUACCUGUAAGAGUCAGUCCGUUAUCAACAGUAAUUAAAAUGCCUCACAAAAAACGCGAAAAAGAACUUUCUUGUGCAAAAAAUUCCAAAAAGGAUAACACCCAAGCGGAUCAUGAGCUGUUUCUGCAAGCUUUCGAAAAACCAACGCAGAUUUAUAGAUUCUUGAGGAAUAGGCACGCAGAAAAGCCUCUGUUUCUGAAUCGCACUUUAAGUUAUAUGAAGCAGCGAAUGUCUCGAAGUCAUGCUGGACGCAAGAACUUUCGUGUUGACUCCUUACUGAAAAUUGUAGAAGCUCGAAACAAGGUUCAGGCCUUGCUGCCCGUAAUGACCCCUGGUUUCAUGGUCCUCACAUUCCUGGGUUUCUCUAAUGCUGAUGGUAUUUUUUCAGAGGAACCUGUAGAAAUUGAGACACUGUUAUUAAAAAUUUGCCACAAGAAAAGAAAGGAAGUGUCCUGCCCAGUAAAUACGGAUCCCUUAGGGACAUGUUCAGUUCCUCUGAAUGUCUCUUCCUUCAGACCGUCCAAGGCUGCAACAGUUUCUAUUCCAACCGAAGCUUUCACUUUAUCAAACGGUCAUGUAGUCAAAUCAUAUCAUGUUUUAAUUAGGAUAGCCACUAGAUUAUCUGAGUUGGAUACUAUGGAUAUUGGAGAGCCUGCUGAGAAAAAAAUAAAACUCUCAAAGCCAGACAAUCUGGAAAAUGGAGCAACCACAAAUGGCAAAGAAAAUGGAGAAAAAGGUAGUGAAAGGUGCUACGCCUGGGGUGGAGAUCUUACCGUGUACGAUAAACAGAAUCGUUGUCUGCUUGAGGAUGGUGAAUACGAGUUACCGCUGGAGCCCCUUGAUGAUCCCCACAAGCCAAAUCUCCAACCAACUACUUGGGAGUUUAUUGACCCUCCACUUCAAUUGGAAUUGGACAAAGCCAUGGAGAUGAGCGGUCAUCCGAAACUGAAGUUUCGAUUAGAAUGGGUCAAAGCCAAAAACAAAGAUGGAACAAUUGUCUAUAUGGACAAGGAUCUCGAAAAACCAUUGGAUGAUCAAAUCUCCUUAGAUAAUAAUAGCAAUAAAGAAAACAACAAACCAGAACGAUGUGUUGUCCGCCACCGGAAAUCAGAAGACAUGAAGGUCACAUCACAGCCUUCUCCGGGAGUGGUGCAACCAAAAAGGCUCCAAAUCGUUUAUCAGUUCCUGUAUAACAACAACAGUCGGCAACAAACCGAAGCGAGUGAGGACCUACACUGCCCAUGGUGCUCUGUUCACUGCCGUGUUCUCUAUGCACUUCUCAAGCACCUUAAACUCUCUCACUCCCGCUUCACCUUCACUUACGUUCCUACACCGACAGGAGCCCGAAUCGAUGUGGCAAUUAAUGAUCAGUAUGAUGGGUCUUUUUCUGGAUCUCCAGCAAUUUUAGGGUAUGCCUUCUCACGCAGUGGUCCUAUCCGUAGAACAUCUUGCACGAGUCUAAUGGUCUGUCACCCCAAAAGACCUCGCCGCCCCUCUCUGUCUGAGUUUAACAACGAACUUGACGACAAUGAGUACGAUGGACAACGUUCCUUCAUGACAGGUCACAGUAGGUGUUACCAUCACACAAUUACUUGUCAGAAAGUUCAACCGAAAGAUCUUGACGUUGACAGUGAGGAUGAGACCGAUCCCAAGUGGCUUCAAAAGAAAACAAUGAUGAUGAUUGAUGAAUUUACAGAUGUAAAUGAAGGAGAAAAAGAGCUCAUGAAGAUGUGGAACCUGCAUAUUAUGAAACAUGGGUUUGUUGGUGAUUGCCAGAUACCGCUGGCAUGCUCGAUGUUUCUUGAAGCUCGCGGCAAAGAGCUCCUGAUGAAGAAUUUGUACCGAAACUUUGUUUUGCAUAUGUGUAGUUUAUUCGAUUUUGGUUUAAUUAGUCCAGUAACAGUUUAUACGACUAUUCAAAAACUACAGCAGAUGGUGAACAAUGAUGACAAAGCUAGCAGCAAGCUGUUUGACUCAUGCCGAGCUCAGCAGAAAUACUGGCUGGAGGAAGGGAUUAACAAGCCGUCAACCUCACUUGAACCAAGGAGGCUCCUUCAAAGUCCUCAAAGUCAAGAGUUAAGAGAAGGGCGAAGGAUGUGUCAGAAGAUUUCAAAGUAGAGGAGCUAGGAGAUCAGACUUAAUGUGAGGUAUUUUAAUUUGUCUCAAUUCCUGGCAGACUCCCUGGAUCAACCUGUCAGCCUUGAAAUGAAAAACAGACAAGAUUUUAAGAUUUUUAUUGGGGGUUUAACAUAACGUCUUUGACAAUUUUUACGAAUUUUAAAUUAAUUUCCUUGAAGAUUUUAUAUUUUUCUGUUUACUUCCAAGAAGAUUACUACAUGAUUGAUCCCUCUCUUGUUCUCCAUUUCAAUCAUUUGUUGUUCCCUUAUAAGUUUUUCCCCUUACUUACAUUUUAAGUAUUUUACUUCUGUUUUAUUGUAAGAUCAGUUCUCUGUCCAUAACUUGUGUUAAAUCGAUUUUUACUUGUUAGGAUCUAGCUAAAUAAGUCAGGAAAGUCAUCUAGUCUUGGUACCUUAAUAACAAGGGAUGUUUAAACUGUCCAACCCGGAAGGUGUCAAUCAAUUACACCAAAUGGGUUUUAAAUGUCCAUUUUUUUCUUGCAAGUACAUGUUUAUGAGCUUAGCUCAUCUAUCUAGCUAAUCCACUUAAAGGCAACUUUUGCUUGACAUUUUACUGUUAUGGAAAAGAAAAAAUAGCUAGGAGGGGAAGAAAAUGUAAGCCCUGUAAAGCUCAAAAUGCCAAACCAACCGUAUGAAAGUUCUUUGCUUAAUAUAUCAGAUAAAAAUAGAAAAAUAAGUCUUUUAUUACUAUGUUUGGAGAAUAUUUUUUCUCUAAAGAUCUGUCAUGAAGAAUUAGAAGAAUCUUAGAAAACCGGGGGGUUAAACGCCCUGACUGCUGCGCAGCUCAACUUUCCCUGGGCGCUUUGCGGAUCCCUUGUAGGUUAAUGUAGCAUGCAACAAGACAAAGCUCUAAUAUUUAACAAUUUCUAUUGGCUAUCAUCUUCUUAUUAAUGAUUGUGGGGCAAAGCGGUUCAUUCAUUUUUGGUAGGUCCUGCAGAAAGAGAUGGUAAAUAAUGAGAAUCGAUAAUAAGCGAUCGGAAUUGUCAAUAAUAAUGAUAUGUUACCAUGAAAUAGAAGACAAUUUUGAUAAGAGUACCUCACUAAUUACUAGAAAAAUCACUGGAAUCUUCAACAAAAGUAAUAAUGGAAAUCAGUGAUCAACAUUGAAAUUACAGAAGGAAUUAAUUGAGAGCGCAAGAUGGUACAAAAGAACGUGUCGCAAAGUUGCAGAGAAAAAUGACCUGAAACGGUCGGAGGAGAAAGUGGCCUCAAGGCAGAUAGGAAAGCAGCAAAAAGCCAAAAGGGAAGUGGAAGUAGAGUAAGACCUCUGUAUGAGAAGUUAUAGUAGAUUGAGAAGGCGCAGGAAAGGGUGAUACAGUGAAAGGGGUAGUGGACAUGCUCAGCGUUAGGUGUGAUGUAUUACACCUAUGAUUUUAUAUUAUCGAAUAUGAUAUGAUUUGCCGUUUGACCUCUUAAAAUAAACAAGGAAUACAACACUGCAAGACCUGAAAAAGUUGACUCACUCACAUAUCUUCAUAUAACUCUACAGAAAGUUUCAUCUGUAGUAUUUGCAGUUGUCAGGGAAUAUUAUAAUGGUCAAGGAAAGGUACUAGUGGCUCUGAGUGUGAACUGAAAACUCAAGGGAACUAGAUUGGAAAGCAGAUUAGAGAACCUGGAGAGACAAGCAUUCUUAUAUGGUAAUCCAAGGCUCAUUUGAAAAUUUUGAGUGAAUGGGAUUAACCAAUCCUUCCAAAUCCCCAUAAAAGUCGUCACCACGGUUGUGAUUCUCCUAUUUUUCUUUGGUUUUUCUGUAUUGAAUAAAGAGACGCAAUUUUCCUGCUUCCGUGUCUCAUGUAUGAUUUUUUCACUGGCUGCUAACUUGCUGUUUGCUAUCGUCCUUUUGAUUUUUGAGGCAAAAGCUUCUAGUAUAUUUUCCAUCAGAGGAUCUUCAUUAACCUAAUCCAAGAUGUGACUGAAUACUAGUACCAUCGCCAGUGAAGAGGUAGAGAACAAUCGAAACUAUUCUAGUAAUUAACAGAAAAAAAUUAUUUCUACACAACAAAAAGCGUUGUGAGUAAAAAAGUUGCAGGGCAAAAUUUCCAUCCAGUUUUCAUAUGGAACCUCCAACUUAACUUCAGGAAAUGAUGAAAUUGAAUCCAGAAUUUUUUUUGUGACUGUUGUGGUUAAAUUGUUUUCAAAAAAAGAAGACUCUGUCGAAAAUAUCUCUGAACGAAAGGUGAAUUCUGAAAGAAUCGUAUUUUGUAAAAUUGCUCUGUCUUAAUGUUGUUAUUAGACUAAUCAUUUUUAAAUAUCUUACAGAUAAAUACGUUCACAGGGUGAUCCAAACCACCUGCAUCAGGAUUUUUUUUUUUUGUUAUUUCUCAUUGGAAAAAAAUUGGAAACGGCAAGAACGAAUUGAGAACUGACCCCAAGAAAUCUAAUUUUCAUUGCCAUGAAGCCUCCUCAGCAUGCCUUGGGGGCUGAAUUAUAGGUUGUGGUUUCUAAAUUUGGGAUCCCGGCAAAAUGUUAAUACUAUUCUAUCAAAAUUAGAAAGCUCAGAAAAUUUUCACUUGAUACUUCAUCCAAAUGUGCAAAACUGGCUGAUCAUUCUCCAAAAUACGGAUUUCUGAAGGAGAGGAACAGAGCCACCCUCCACAAAAUGCUAGGUCACUAAAUAAACGUUAAGGUUUGAGACAAAUUUGUCUUUCCAGGCAAUGAACCCUUAGAAAUUCGACUUCAACGGUCCUGUAGCCCUUUUAAGCUUUGCUGAUGCGGUACAGGAGGAUUGUAAACUCUUUGAACUUGCAAGUACAGGGUCCCUCUGCGCCUCAUCAGGGAAGCCAUGAAGGGCUUUUGGACUGUAAAACUCGAAUUCUUUGGAGCUAAUUACCACAGGAAGCACCUGUUUUUUGAGCCUUACGUCAAUGAGUCUGUUGCAUGCAGGAGAUACGGCCAAGAGGAUAAACAAUCAACGCUUAAAAUCGCUUGAAAAUCGUGUUAGUCACAUCCAAAAAGUCUGAAACGUACCCCUUAGUGUGCUAAUUGCUUAGUUAUUAUCACGCUUUUUCAAAUUUACCAAGUCUGCGGGCAGUUUUCUACAGUAGCCGAUAGUCAGGGUUGCCCAGGAAGAAACUAACCUAAAUAAACAAACAGUUUUGCCAACUUUUUCCAGUUCAUGCUUUUAUUCGUUUUCUGGUAUUUGUUUCCCUCCUCUUCCUUUGUUUUGCAAAAUCAAAAGCCCUAAAUCAAUUGAAAUAUUGCUCAAGGAAAGUUUUUAACAAAUCGCAUGACUAUUUGUUUAUGUAGGUUAGGUUUUCCGAGUCUCUCUCUGGGCAAACCUGAGUGUCUGCCACAAUGUAGAGUGCGCUCUAGGGAGUAGAUUUCACACUUUUUUAUGUGCUCAAUGUGAUUUUCGUGCGGAUUUACAUGUUGAAAGUCUACUAACUUGGCUGUAUUUCUUACACGCAGCAAAUCCAUUUACAGACCAAGCAUUUUGUGGAGGACUGGAAGGGAUCUUUGCCCACACCACUAGGAAUCAGUAUUCCCAACAGGGGUAGGCCAAUUUUGGACUACUUUAUGCAGUUGAUUGUUAAAAUUCUUCGUACUCUCUGAUUUUGAUGGAAUGAUAUGAGAAAUUAUGCUGGGAACUCUAACUUUGAAAAUCAGGACCCCUCAGAUUCCUCAGACUUGAUUCUAUAAUCAUUUCUGCGGUACCCAACUUUGUUUGACCUAAAAUAACGAAGGUAUAAGCCUGGUGUGGGUGGUCUAAAUUACUCUCCAGAAUUUGACCCGCUGAAUGUGGUUUUUUAAUAAAUUACUUAAAAUAAAGUGGAAAGAAAAUUAGCAUGAAAGGUUUUCUCCUAAAAUAGUAUCUUUACACAUAUGCUUUCUGCCAAUAAGUUCACGAUUUAAAAGCAGUAACAACUGCUCUUCUCAUUGACUAACUGAAUUAAUUUUGUUCGUGUAGCUAUCAAGUCUGGGUAUAAUUUAAGUUUCAAGUACAUUAAAUUCAAUUUUUUUUUUAAACAUGCAUGAAAUAAUUUAUGCUUGUGACUACUUUCUUUAUUCUAUAGCUGCUUUCAGACUUUUCUUCACACGGGUAAACAACAUAUGGUAUCUAAGAUAAAGUUUAACUUCAUUGUAUCCCAAUGAUUAAUUUUAAACCAAUUGUAUGAGGGCCUUUUAUUUAAAGAUUUCUCCUUUCAAAGAUAAUAAAUAUAAAAACUAUAAAUUUGUUUAGUUGAAAUGAGAACUUCAUAAGAAGACAGACCAUUUAGUGAAAUCGUAAGGGAAGAAUUUCAUAGAGGAUUUCUUAGAAAGUGUAUUAGAGGAAAGUACUUCAGCUAUCUAUUUGUCCGAAGAAAUGUGUUUUCCUACACUUAGCUCUGGAGUAUUUAUUUUUUUUUUUUUUGUGUAAACUAUAUUUUUAAGUUUUGUCUUGAAAGCUUAUCUCAAAUGUAUUUUUCCAUCAAUAUCAUGAUCCACUGACUUACAAAAUCUUAACUUAGUUUUUUAAUGAGAAGUAUGUUUUAAUUUUUGAUUUGUUUCAUCACUUGAGUGACAAAUAUAUUUUUAUUUAAAUAGUAAAGUAGAUUAGGAAUUGUUUUAUUUAAUCAGUUCCUUAGUUUAAGUCAAGUCAUUGUCUCUAUCAUCACAUCUGGAGUCACCGCGCCCUGUAUUUUGGUGGCAGUUUGAAAAUCAAUUAGUAGAAGUUUUUCUCUUACAGCAACACUGCCAAGUAAAAAAUAAUUUAAUGAACAUAUUAAACACUAAGUAAACCUAACCAAGUCCAAUACACACAUGUCAGUCAUUGCGCAUAUCUUUUCAAAAUCCACACUCCUGCACAACCCUCACUUGACUGCAGCCAGUAUGACACAGUCUUGGUUUCUCCUUUAAAAAAUGCAUUGCAUUUAAAGUUUCUGCCACCAAUGUGCAUUAGGGAUCAACUUAAAAAACAUCUACAGGAAUGACUGACCUUUGUGAAUUGGUCUCGUACUCAACAAACACAGAAAAUACACCAAGCACAACUAGCACAGUGAACACAUUUAUUCUGAUUUAUAGAAAUUCAUUCAGACUGAGCAUCUAUUCCUCAAUAUAUUUUAGUUAACAGUAUUUGUCAAAGGACAGAGAAUAUCCCAUUAUGAAAAGAAAACAUGGUGUGUUCAGUUUCCACAAAGCACUGAAACAUACUUGAUACAGAAGUUCCAGCUACGUCCAUUUUGAAAUUAGAGUACCUCUAAUGCCUAUUUUGCAGUUGUAGUGUUUUCUUUUAAGCCUUUUAUCAACGUUCUUAUGUAAAGAGUCAAUAAUUUGUGUCCUUUGUACUACACCCAUGCCACUUAUGGAGUUUUCACAGCAAAUGUAUCACGCACUAUGUGAAAGAUAAUUGUUAGUUAUGUCUGUUUUAGAAUAAAUGCGUCUUUUAUGCCAAUUUAUCAC